UUUGUAUGGAAAUACCUGACUUUUACUACUACUUCCUAUUGAGUCUAGUUCUUUUGCCUGUAUAUUUAUUCUUUAACUUGUGGAGUUGGUUGGGCUGGGAGUUGUUCGUGAACAACUAAUAUGAGUCAGUUUAGUGGAGAAGAUUCGAAAGCCUCCAUAAACAACAUGAAGCGUAACCUAACCCUGGAUUUCAACCAGAAAAAGAACCUGACCUUGCCUCUGUCGAACGCCGGAGUUCUGUCAUCUCCUGAUCUGAACAUGCUCAAGGUAGGCACCCCAGAGUUGGAAAACAUGAUCCUCGCCAACGGAAUGGGAAGUACACCAACUCCCUCCCUUUUGUUUCCCCGUGCCGUGACAGCGGAACAAGAGAGUUUUGUAGGCGGUUUUGUUGAAGCUCUUAGUCAUUUACACAACAGCAACUCCCAGCAAGGGUCCGAUAGUAA